CACCAGCUCCCUGCCUCUGCAUACACAAGCCCCCGUCUCGCCCCCAAGCCCCCGCCCUUCAAGUUCCCCUUCUCCAACGCCGUCCACCGCCCCCCGCCAAAGUCCACGUCGUCCGCGUCGUUGCGCUCGGCCUACACCGUCUCGUCACAGACGACCUCCUAUACCAACACGACCGAGACGCAGAACCCACACCCCUUCGCCGCCAUGGUCCCCGCCCCGCUGCCUGUCGUUUCCAGCCACGACGAUGAGGAAGAGGAUGAGUGCCCCGUCUGUCUCGAACCGCUCAGCUUCAGCUUCAGACUGCCAGGGGAGAAGCCGCACAUCGUGCCAGAGUGCGGGCACGCUUUACACGAGGCCUGCUUUACCGCUGUCUACGGUCCACCACCGUCGCAAAAGGGAGCCGUCGUCCGCAAGUCGAACCUCGGCGUCUGCGGCGUCUGUCGACGUCCAAUGAAAGUAGGAGAUGGCGACGGAGGCAAACACAACAAACUCGCUGCCCUUACUGGCAUGGGCGAGCGCAACACACCCUCUCUCUAUCCCGGGCGCGACACCCCCGCCUCCGUGCGCUCGCUCAACGGGCGCGUGCCGCCGCCCGGCAAGCCCUACGACCCCACCGAAGACGACCCAAUCGAGCACACAGGCUCUAUGCGAUCCGGUGGUUCCAACGAGCACGCGCACUACGUCGUCGCGCCGUCCAUCCAGGUGCGCGCCGAGCACCCGACGCUCACGCGCACGACGGACGAGAGCCAGCCGCUCACGUGCAUCGUCGUCGUCGAGCUCCCCGGGAAGCGCAGCACGCCCCAGCCGGGCCCGGUCAUGAGCGACAAUUUCAGGAACCACAUCCGCCAGGACACAAUCAACAGCGCGUUCUCGAGCCCGCGGCCGGAGCAGCGCUCGAUCCGCUCGCCGCCGCCCCAGCAGCACAGUCACAUCGCGCACCACACGCUCGACACCUCGGACGGGUCGGGCCACCAGCGCAGCCCGAACAUGAACCUUAUCUCGCAGUUCCACGACGAAGAUAACCCGUUCGCGGCGAUUACGGAGGACCUGCGCAACCGCAUCAUCGACUGGAAGGGCCACCCGCUUAGCCGGUUGGGCCCGCUGCAGAUGUACGACCUCCUCUCCGUGCGACGCGACUCGCUCGUGCGUGAGUUCUACGUGUACCUGUUCAAGGAGGCGAUUAUAUGCGUCAUCGAGGAGAAGAAGAAGUCGAUUGGACGGUUCUUGCAGACUGCCGGCGGCGCAGAGGGCGGCGCAGGCGCGCAGGCGGCUUCGGGCAAGGGUGUGCUCCGGCUGAAGGGCAGGAUUUAUAUCCAGCACAUUAAGCAGGUGACGGAUACCUCCAGCGCCGGGGAGAUGAGCUUGACGAUUGAUAUGGAGGAUGAGCGGUUGGAUUCGUUCAUUCUCAUCUUCCGUGAGCGCUCGUCGCUCGAGACAUGGAAGAACCACAUCCAGUCUCUGGUUUCCAUGUUCCAGCAGCAGAACCAGCAGAACCAGACUCGGCAGGAGCUCGCGCCGGACCUGGAGGAGUUUGGCGGGAGCGCGAAGGCCGCCAGGAUGCUCAGCGGGAGCACGAUGUCGACCACUGUGAGUACGGUCGAUAGCCUUCUGUCGGGAUCGGCGACGCGGUCGACGAUGUCGAGCAGCACGUCGCAUGGGUCGAUGGGUGUUGGUGUUGGAACGGCCAGGGGGGCCCUGCAGCAUAAGCUGUCGACGCUAGAGGAGGCCGACGACGAGGCGAGCCGGUUCGACCCUCAUUCGAAUCUCGUCACCCCGCAUCUCUCGUCUGGUCCCUCGAAUUCCCUGACACCCCUUCCUCACCCGCCUCUGGAUCUCAUCCUCGUCAUCUCCCUCCCAUCGCCCAACUCCGUCCCCAGCACCGCCCAGCUGAAGAUCCGCGUGAUCAAGAAUACCCUAGACUUUGUUAUCGGCUCCUUAGGCGCCAAGGACAGGUUGGGCUUGGUGACGUUUGAGGUCGGCAUGGGUGGGCGGGUUAGGAAGACACCGUUCUUGUGUGUUGGGCGGGCUCAAAGCCGCGCGAGGCUUACAAAGUUCGUGGAUGAGAUUGGAAUGCGGAGGCAGGAGGAAGCGGAGUACGAGGAUGAGUUCUUGGUUCGCGGAAAUAAAGAUGAGAAGACGGAUGUCGUGACCGCGGUUAACCAUGGCCUCGACAUUGUGUUGCAACGCAAGGCUCGCAAUCCCAUUACGGGGAUGCUACUGGUGAGCGACUCGUCGGAAAGUACGCGUCGUGCCCAGAUGGACCUCGUACUUGCCCGAGCGGAGGCUGCCAAUGCUCCCAUCCACUCCUUCGGCUAUGGUCGAUCACACGAUCCUGCUUCCCUUUGGUUGAUCUCUAACCAUACCAGUGGGACCUACGUCUAUGUCAAAGACUGGUACGACCUGCGUGACUGCGUCGCUGGAUGCAUCGGCGGCAUGAUGUCCAUCGGGCUGCUCAACAUGAAGCUGCACAUGAAGAUCCUGGACGGACACCGGUUCCGCAUACGCAAGGUCUCCGGUGGGCCUACUGCCAUUCUAUCCUCUGACGGCCGCGACGUCGACGUCGAAGUCGGAGAGUUGCGGUACGGCGAGAAGAAGGAGAUGCUGGUCGAGCUGGAGCUCGACAACACAGACUUGACGCAGUCCAGACUCACGCAUAGCAACAACAAUCGGUCGAUGAAUGCGACAGACCAGUUCAAUGCCCGCAUGGGUCUGGAGUCGUUGUCUAUUGAAGAUCCCCUCGACCUCGCAGACGGCAUGAUGGAUCGUAUGAUCGACGAGGUGCCGGUCUUCGAGGUUGACGGGUCGUUCUUUGAUCCUCAGGCUACCAAGCACGUUUCACGCUUGGCGCAUCCCGUCCUCCUUACCGUCACGCUCCUGCCCCCUUCCGGCAGUCGUCCAAGGACACCGUCCAGUGGCUCUGAUCCUGUAAUCGUGCGGCGUCGCAUGGAGUUACUGGCGUCAGAUAUGAUCACUCGGGCUCUAGUCCUUGUGUCCCGCAAGAACUAUCCUCAAGCCAUGAAGAUCAUGAGUGAGACAAAGCGCAUCCUGCAUACUGUUCUGCAAAAUGUCACGCAAUCCCUUCCACCGCCUACCAGCGGAGCGAGUACGAUCCGCAACCGGAAGGAAAUAUUGACUCUUGCUACCGUGCGCACUAUCCAGGCUAUCCUACAAGAUAUGCAGCUUCUCCACGAAGCCUUGGAAGACAAUGUUGAACUGUUUGCCCACGACCAGCGGAAUUUCGGUGCCCAACAGGCAAUGAUACUCCGCGACCAAAAGAGCUGGACUGGCCGUAGUGCUACUGAGCGUCUCUUCUGGACGAGCGACAACUCAAUUGAGCUGGUCUCACGCAGUACUGAUUGGGUCGCCCGGGAUUGA